UUAUCAUAAACAUAAUUCAUUCAAGUCACUAAACAAUAAUCAAUUUUUUUUUUUUUUUUUAGAAAAUGGCCUUGACUGGUGUUCUUCAUGUGGAGGUUGAGGUUAAGUCUCCGGCGGAAAAGUUUUGGCUAGCCCUCGGCGACGGCGUCAAACUCUUUCCCAAAGAGUUCCCUAAGGACUACAAAACCAUCCAAGUCCUUGCCGGCGAUGGCAACGCUCCUGGCUCCAUUCGCCUCAUUACCUACGGAGAAGGAUCUCCAUUGGUGAAAAUAUCUGCCGAGAAGAUCGAAACGGUGGAUUUGGAGAGGAAAAGCAUAACGUAUAGCAUCAUCGGUGGCGAAAUGUUGGAAUACUACAAAACAUUCAAAGGAACUAUCACCGUUACGCCUAAGGACGGUGGCAGCAUUUUGAAAUGGUCCGGUGAGUUUGAGAAGACUGGCCAUGAGAUCGCCGACCCACACGUCAUCAAGGACUUUGCUGUCAAGAACUUCAAAGAGAUCGAUGAGUAUCUCCUUAAACAAUCUACCGUAUAAAACUAGAAUGUUCUAUAUGUAUAAGAAGGUUCCUAUAUAUCAUCUAUAGAGUUUUAUCAUAUUAAGAAGUUAAAUAAAGUGGAACCUCCUUAUGAAUUAUCUACAC